UUGCACAAUUUGGAGUGCACUUAUGUAGGAAGUAGGAAGACAUUUGGCAUUGGGGACUUGAUAGGACCAUCGACACGUUGUGGCGGAGCAGAGGGAAGUCUUGCGGCGUAAAUUUUCAGCAUCCGUAUUGAAUAACAACAAACCCACGAGAGGUUAUCUGGAUUCAGGGUUUUGGUGGACGUGUAAGUGUGUAGUUUACAGGCUCCGAUGUUCUGAUGUCAAGCUGCACUGGUAUUGUAGGCGUUUUAGCGAUGGUGAAGUGGUGCGGUUUGUUGUUGGAGAGCUAAUUUCAAGAAGAAAAGCACUAUGUGGCAGAGAACGUCCGACUUCUACUACUAGACUCUUCAACAUGCUCCUCUACACCCACUGAGUGACAUUAUACCCUUUACGAUGGAGUAGAGACGUCUCUUCACUUUCUCCCCCCUGCUUCCCAAAGAGCGGGUGCUCCUUGAAAGCCCCGCGCUCACUAUGUGCGCCCUGCCGAGCGAUGGCCGAGCGGGGAGAUCCGUGUUCUCGAAGCUUCUUUUGCCGUUCAGGAGGCCGCGUCAGGAGCGGGUGAUCUUGGCGCGCAGCGAGAGUGUACCCAGUGAGCACGUCUUGAAAGUCACCAUUACCGAGACGACGGUGAUCGAGGCCGACUCGGGCGUGUGGAAUUCCAGAGCGUUGGUAUACCUCGGCCUGUGGUACUUCUUCAGCUUCUGCACGCUCUUUCUGAACAAGUACAUCCUAUCCCUGCUGGAGGGAGAGCCAAGUGUACUGGGUGCUGUACAGAUGCUCUCCACCACAGUGAUUGGCUGCAUCAAGAUGUUUGUGCCUUGUUGCCUGUACCAGCACAAAUCCCGUGUUGAAUACCCUCCCAACUUUCUCAUGAUCAUGCUCUUCGUGGGAUUAAUGAGGUUCACCACUGUGGUGUUGGGGCUGGUUAGCCUGAAAAGCAUAGCCGUGUCGUUUGCUGAGACUGUGAAAAGCUCCGCACCCAUCUUCACCGUCAUAAUGUCCAGACUGAUAUUGGGGGAAUACACAGGUCUUUGGGUGAACUUGUCUCUGUUCCCAGUAAUGGCCGGACUUGCUCUCUGUACAGCCACUGAAAUCAGUUUCAACAUGCUGGGCUUCUCUGCUGCUCUCUCCACGAACAUCAUGGACUGCUUACAGAAUGUAUUUUCUAAGAAGUUGCUAAGUGGGGACAAAUAUAAAUUCAGCCCUCCAGAACUGCAGUUCUUCACUAGUGCAGCUGCGGUGGUCAUGCUCAUUCCUGCCUGGGCCUUCCUCAUGGAUAUCCAUUUGUUUGGGAAAAGUGGGCGUGGCUUAAACCUGACCCAGGACAUUGUGGUGCUGUUGCUGUUUGACGGAGUCCUGUUUCAUCUGCAGAGCGUCACGGCCUACGCCCUCAUGGGACGCAUAUCACCUGUCACUUUCAGUGUGGCGAGCACAGUGAAGCACGCUUUGUCCAUCUGGCUAAGCAUCAUCGUGUUCGGUAACCCCAUCACGCUGUUAUCUGCUGCGGGCACCUUAAUGGUGUUUGUUGGAGUUUUGCUGUACAACAAAGCCAAACAAGCGCAGAGGAAUACUCUGCAAUAUCUCGCCCAGUCAGCAGAUUCAGACCACAGACCCUUACUUCAAGAGUCCAACAUAAAAGCUGCUGACUGAAUCAGCUGGGACUUAAAUCCUCCAAGGAUAGAAGUUUUUAUAUUUAUUUCAGUUUUCCAAGAGUUGGAGAAAAGUAAUCUUCCAACUAUCUUUUUUUUCUUUCUUGUUUUCCCCCCAACACGUCCUCAUCGAAUUCCCCUUAUGACUUAUUAGAUACCUCACAUAAGUUGUACACUUGCAUAGCUAAAGGUAGAGGGUCUAAUAAGGAGCAGAUUAUUUGUUCGGAAUUGACCAGAAGCAAAAUAUUCUUUGGUGAUUUGUUCAAUUUCUUUUAAUUUAGGUAUAUGUGCAUAGGCACGUUGCUGUCUUAAUUAGACGACUUUGCCGAUUAGUUGGCAGGAUAUAGUUUCAAUAUGUUUAAAUAUCCGUUGCUUCUGUACAUUUUAAAAACCACUUCACCCUUUUUUGUGCUUGCACAUAUACGAUCAUAUAGACGCCUAGGGACGAUCUAAUCAGCAUCACACGAGUAAAUAAAAUAGUGGAAAUGUGGUGAGGGUAGGGCUGGGUGAUAUGACAAAAAUAUCAUAUCACGAUACUUGAGGACAUUUCUGCGAUACACUAUGUGUAUAACGAUAUAUAAUUUGGCUAAACAACAGUAGUAAAAAAUUGUUAAACUGAGUCUGACAAUACUUUUCUUUAAUGCCUACAAAAACAAACAAGAUUUAGUUGUUGUUUUUUUAAAGUAUGUCAAAUCAACAGCAUCCAUUCAGUACCAUUUAAUAUGUAAUUAUUAUUUUUUAAAAAGGUAAAAAAAAAAAAAAUCGUAAUAAAAUAGUAUAUAUAAAAAAAUACAUUACUAUACCAACGGUAUCUCAGAAAAGUGCAUCACGUAAUCAUUUAUCACAAUAUUGGUAUUCUAUCGAAAUAUCGCCCAGCCCUAGGUGAGGGAAUAUUAGCAAAGUUGUGUUGUAAAUCUAGUAUUGUGGGUGGAGAAAAGAGGAGUUGCUGUUUUAGCACCACCACCACUACCCAAUUGUGACAUCUGAGAAUAGAACUGGGGUUUUAACCCAAGAAACAAACUGUUCCAAUGGUACGCGUUCUUUGAACACAUCUUAAUAUCCACGGCCUACUUACUUGUACCACUAUUGACCAAUGUCAGCCUUGUAGCACAAGUGCUAAUAUUAAAUGUACCACUGUCAGUAUAGCUUGGGCAUUUAACUAUUAUGUAAAAAAUACAGUAGUUAUCAUUUUUCAGAUUAUCUAUGAUUUCUAAAAAUAAAAAAAAAAACAGUUAUUGUGAGCACUAACAAAUAAGGCUGCUAAAAAAACGACAUUUUUCACAGUGAGCCAGCGACAUAAAAAAAAGAUCGCUGACAUUAUUUAAUGAUCUACAUUUCAGCCAAAGUGUACAUUUUUUAUUAAGUCUUUUUGAAGAUGUAGAAAAGACUACUAUUAUGGUUAUGAACAAGGCCUCAAAAUUACUAUUGACCAAAAAAACAACAUAUAUUUAGGGUCCAAAUCAAUCCAGACCAUGACUGUCCAUAGGCCAGACUGACACUGUGAUGGAUGUCUCUGGUCAGUUUGUGAUUAUACAUUCCUCUAUCUUUUUUUUUUUUUUUACUUUUUAAGUACACAAAUUCUACUAUAAAUAACUUAUCCAAUAGUCAAAUUUUUGUCAUAAGCUUCAGAUUUUUUAUUCAUACAAUUUUGCUUCUUUAGAAAUAAAUGCUUGACUAUUAACAAAAUGUGCCUGUUCUUAGAACAAUCUAUUUAAAGCUUGAAAUUAGAACAAAAAAAGUCUAGAAAUAAGCUGAACUAAUACAUGAUUUAUUAUAGACUUUUUUUUUUUUAAUCGUUUCAAGAUUUAAACAUACCACAACUUUUCGGGUAGUUCCUAUACUUUGAAUGAGCUACGAGCAGCUACGACCACUUUGUUGUAUGACUGUGGAGAAGUUCGUUCUUUAAACCGUGAUCCUUUUUACACUGGAAUGCAACACAGCUCAUCUUUAGGUAUUAAUGUGUGACCUGUUGAUACAUAUUGAUGUAUUGUUGCAUCCCUGUCUUUUUGGGUUUGUUUGGGGUUUUUUUUUUUUCCUGAUUAGAGAGAUAUUUGUUCUUUAGUCAGUAACACAGUUCUGUUUGUUAUACAGGGAUGAUGCACUGCAUUCAUGAUGCAAGACACUUUGAUGCAGAUAAAUUUGCAUUGUACUGUUAGUCAAUCUUCAUUGUACUGUUGUCUGUCGUCGGGACAAUUUACAGUCUCUACCAGAGCUUACAGUCUGUCCGACCGUCCGUCCCGGGCCAAAUGUCUGUUACUGACAGAAUACUAAUAACAGAACCUGUGAAGGCCCUACGUUUCUGACAGAACUUGUGUUCCUUAGACUACUGAGCUAAAGACUGUUUAAUAGUCAGUCAUCUAUUUUACACUCAACUAAGAGCCUCAGAUUUUGGUCUUUUACUUGGUCUGUGUACCAGCGAGUUGUACAUGAAGUGUUAUAAACCUGUGUAAUUUGAUUUUGAAAAUCUUUCAUUAGCCAGAUGUUUUAAACUGUAAUUUAAUUUCUUUCAAUUAUUAUAGGUGGAUAUAUCAGUAUGACUGUCUUAACAACUGGAAGGACUAUAUGAGAUGGCCAUGUUUGUUUGUUUCUUUAUUAACCACUAAUGAAGUUCACAUUUUAAUACUGAAAAUGUUUCAUAUGUAUUUUUGUCUGUACAAAUUGGUCUGACCUGUGUAAAUGUUCAAUCUGUGCAUUGACGAGGUGUACAGGUGUAAUUUUUUAUUUAGAGGGAAAAUGUCGAAUUUAUUCUCAAAUUUAUAUUAAACGGAAUGCAAAUUUUGAUGGUUAUUUUACUCUUUCUGGUCAACUCCCUUAAAGAUUCUGUAAGGAAUGAGUGAUAAAUUGUGCGUUUGUCUGUUUCAGAAACACACAUUACAUGACUACUUG